AGCAGCUGUAGGGUUGCUGAGCUUGUAAUCGGCCUGCCAGUCAUUUUACUUCCUGUUUUCAGUUGUCAGGAGGCGGAAGAUACGGAGAAAGAAGAAAUACGAGUUGCGAGCGAAAAGUGCAUUAGAGGAAGAGUGACAGUAUCAAGAGACAUGGAGGUCAAACUGGCAUAAGGUAGCUAAUCGGCGUAGGAGUUGCGUGUCCAGCUAUCGGGUUAAAAUAAUUCUACAGCGGAGGGGACCAUUGAAAUUAACCCGAGGAAAUAACGCACAGUCCACUCAGCCAAACUUAAGUUUCAGAUCGACUCGAUUUGAGGCUCCACACGAGGAAGCCAGAGAGCCAUGGAGGCGGUACAAAUGAGGAACAACCCGCGCAGGCAACUAAAGAAGCUGAGUGAGGACAGCUUAACUAAACAACCAGAAGAAGUCUUUGAUGUUUUGGAAAAACUGGGAGAAGGGUCCUAUGGCUGCGUGUUUAAAGCGAAUUAUAAAGAAACGGGUGAGAUUGUAGCAAUCAAGCAGGUUCCCGUGGAGUCAGACCUGCAGGAAAUCAUUAAGGAAAUCUCUAUAAUGCAGCAGUGUAACAGUCCUCACGUGGUGCGGUACUAUGGAAGCUAUUUUAAGAACACAGAUUUGUGGAUAGUUAUGGAGUACUGUGGAGCAGGGUCUGUGUCAGACAUAAUCCGGCUAAGGAAUAAAACGUUAACCGAAGAGGAGAUCGCCACAAUAUUACAGUCGACUCUCAAAGGACUGGAAUAUCUGCACUUCAUGAGAAAAAUCCACAGAGAUAUCAAAGCUGGGAAUAUCCUGCUGAACACAGAAGGACAUGCUAAACUGGCAGAUUUCGGAGUGGCAGGUCAGCUAACGGAUACUAUGGCUAAACGCAACACUGUGAUUGGCACUCCGUUUUGGAUGGCGCCAGAAGUCAUUCAGGAGAUUGGAUACAAUUGUGUCGCGGAUAUCUGGUCUCUGGGAAUAACGACCAUAGAGAUGGCAGAAGGGAAACCUCCAUACGCAGAUAUUCAUCCGAUGAGGGCGAUUUUCAUGAUCCCUACAAACCCUCCUCCUACGUUUAGGAAUCCGGAAGCAUGGUCUGAUAACAUGAAUGAUUUUGUGAAGCAGUGCCUUGUGAAGAACCCAGAAAACAGAGCCACAGCCACACAGCUGCUGCAGCACCCCUUUAUAAAGAGUGCCAAACCCAUCACGAUUCUCCGAGAUCUGAUCAAUGAUUCCAUAGAGAUCAAAAUCAAACAGGAUGCUCAGGUCCGUGAGCAGGACCAAGACGAUGAAGAGAACUCCGAGGAAGAGGAAGUGGACUCAGGCACCAUGGUGAGAGCGAGCUCGGGGAGCUCGGGGAACUCGGACACGAUGCGAGCGGCCGGCACACUGAACGAGGGAUCCAACACCAUGAUCCAGCACGACGGCACCAUGGAGUCCCGCAUGGGCACCAUGGUGAUCAACGCUGAGGAGCAGGAGGGGGAGGAGGAGGGGGAGGCAGGCACCAUGAAGAGGAGAGACGAGACUAUGCAGCCUGCCAAGCCCUCCUUCCUGGAGUACUUUGAGCAGAAGGAGAAAGAGAUCCAAGCUAACAGCCACAGCAACAACAGCGACCGCAGCAACAGCUCUUCAGAUGGCUGGAAAGUACCUCCGGAGGGAGACUUUGAAAAUAUGAGAAGCUGGACGGUGGAGGACCUGCAGACCAGGCUGACCUCCCUCGACCCGAUGAUGGAGCAGGAAAUCGAGGAGAUCCGGCAGAGGUACCAGGCGAAAAGGCAGCCCAUCCUCGACGCCAUCGACGCCAAGAAACGCAGGCAGAAGAACUUCUGAGCACUCGUUCGGAGGACAGCCUUCAUAUAUACACAUAUAUUUAGAAAUAUAAAAAGGGGGGAGCGACUUGUUCACACCUUUCUAGGAGAACAGUAGGAUUCAGUUGUAAGAGAUGAUUCUGUAGCACAAAGAAUAGGACCAGUUCUUAACCUUUGUGUUUUGCUUUUAAAGGGGGAGAGGGGGAGGGGGGGAGCAAUAUGGAUCGUUCUUGAUAGCGGGUUGUAAACAAUAUGCAAAAAAGUGACUGAACUUAAUGGUUGCCUUUUCGUUUAGUUUUUCGGGGCAUUCUACAGACAUGUCUUUUUGUUUUAGUUAUUUUCUGUAAACAUUUUUAAACUGCUGUUUCUUACUUCCAGGAAUAAUCCUCAUACGUGUGUCUUUGUUCAUGUGUGUUUCAUCGAUGCAGCUGCUAGUAUAGCAUGGUAAUCCGUGAUCGCGUGUACGCACACCACUGGGGAAACACAUGCAUUAGUGGAGCUUUUAAACUUCUUGUUUUAACACCCACAGUGGGUCGUGUGCACCAAGCUUUUUCGCUCACAACAGAGCUGUGUAUAUUUUUGAUAGGGGGUACAUUUAGUGCACUGGGGUUUGUGCGUGUGUUCAAACUGAGCCUGCCAACUUCGCAUCUCCAGUUAUUGGUGUUAUUUUUAAAGUGUUGCAAUAGCACCAUGCAAGUUUGGGGAUAGCAAGACGCAAUGUAAGAAGCACACGCUGGUAGAUAUUCUUCAGUCUGUGGCUUGGUUAGCACUGAAGCCGUUUCAUUUACUUUUCUGCGGUCCUGUCCAGCUUCAAAGGGGUUAAGCGCACUUUCUGUUCGGCAGUUUAUAAAUACAUUCUUUAUAAGAUAAUGCUGAUCCGCUGGGAGGCUGCUGCAGAGAGAUGGAUCUCAUUUGUGGAUUCCCAGGUUUCUGAAAUGCUUUUGCCUAUGAGGGUUUUUUAAAUGGACAGGGCAGUAAUUGAAUAAGCAACAAAGACUAAUGUAGGUCUGGACUGCCGUGCUUGGUUGACUGUUAAAACUAUCCAAGAGGUUGUUGGGAUCACACAGAACAGUAGAUCUGGAAACAAAGGAGCACUUCUUAUUUAUUUAUUAUUAUUAAAAAGUAUCAGAACCUUUUCAUACAAGAGCCCAAAGGAGUCAUACCUUCAGCUGCUCUUUAUAUCCUUUAUAUUCAUUAGGACGGGCUGCUGUAUUUGUGUGUGUGUUGGUUUUUCACCAUGCACAGGCUCGUUUUCGUGAGCUGUAUGUUAUUAGGUAUUAUAGGUUUGUAUUUACAGAUUACACCUUGAGUCUGUCUUUCUCCACUGUCGGCUCCAGCCUGAAUUCUGGACUAUGCAACAUGUGUCAAACUGCCUUACACAACCCUGAUUAGGUGUUUUUUGGUGCAGAAUUUUCCAUUUCGGUUGCCUUGACUUAUAUAAAUUGUAACCUUUUUAUAUAUUAGGAUUCCUCUCUUGUUUUCCUCCAAAGGGGUCUUCACUGUGGACUGUGUGCAGCCUUUAUUCAGAGACAUAGCAUGAAGCCCCAAGCUUAAAGCAGCCCCCCAGUUAUCUAUGGGCUGUGUGUCUCAGAAUGUGAAAAAGGGAAUAAACCCGGAAACAAAGGCAGACUGGAGCGGCUCUCCUUCGUUAGGAGCGUCUGUCCUUCGUUAGGAGGGAUGCUGACAGUUCAAGGAGGGGGCUUCUCUUCAGAGCAGCUACACCUGGCUGUGAUUCAGCUCAGGGUACCACUUCAGGGUUUUUCAUUUUCUAUCAAGUUCUAAAGUAGAAACAUUUCUUUUCUAAAGUGUCUUUUUUUACAUGGUACCUGAUGUGGCUCUGCAUGCGAUUCUGUUCACUGCUCUGUGAUUUACUGAAACGUGAAGCUAAGAAACUUUGUUUCAUACUUGCAGAAUUGUUGAGCUCCUUGAGGUUUGGAUUCCUAGCACUGUCAGUCUGCCGUUUGGUCUUGCUAGGAACCCCUAACCUUCUCAAAGUGAAGUGUUCUUAAUUCGCUCUGAUCAUUACAUUUGUUGACUUACAAAACAAACGUAACCCCCUUGCAGUGUUACUGGUAUACAUUGAGGUGUGCAAUAAGUGCUAGCUGUGAAUAUUCUGCUGUGUAUAAAACACAGUGUCAUUAGAUUGUAUAUGCGUGAGGUUGCAAUAGUCUGCAGCCUUUUCAGAGGGACGAUUAAUAACAGCAGUUCUGUCUGAAAUAUUAUACAGUCUAAUUUGUUAUUUCCCCCAGAUCUUUGAAGUAACAUUGAAUUCAACGUUUAUACUUGAGUGUAUUUUGUAAAAGCUUCGAAACCAGGGUCCAGUUAGAAUCGCUACUGAAAUACGUAAGUUUUUGUUAUUCGCUAGAUUGUUAAUGUUAUUUAUGGAUAAACCUUGUUAAUAAUAAUUACAGGUAUACGUAAAAGAAGCAGUGGAGUCAUGCAGGGCUGGUUAGAAAAUCGAUGCUGUGUCUUUUUUCAAGGUUAAGGAAAAUCUCAAAGCGGUACAUGAUGUUUGAUGUGUCCUUGCUGCCGUCUUAAAUUACCGGCGGAUCGUUUCAUUAUUCCUUUAUUAGCUGAAGCGGCUGGGUGCAUGAAUUUUUAAUGGAAACGCAUCCGAUAGCAAACCUCUCCCUGGAGAUACUGCCUGUUUAAGUCGUUCUCAAGAGUCUCGCUUUGUUGCAGCAGUAGAGCCCUUCUGCACGUGACCAGGCUUUUGAUUGUGUGGCUCUGGUGGUAAUAAAUAUUUCCUGCCCUGUGUGUUCCCUUCCACUGCAGCUGGCCAGGGCUAUCUUUGGUAUUGGCGGUGAAAGGCAGGAGCAGUGUUUGUGUUUAUCGCUGUUAAUCAAGUGGACUGUGUGACCCCUUUAAUACAGAUUAUUGCAGUGUGGGGGUGACUCCGAGUAAGUGUCUCUUCCACACAGUUACCCCUUCAUUCCCUGUAUCGAACCUUCAGGGGGAAAUGCCAGCAGCACAAAAGCAUUGAAGGUGUUCAGAAAAUAAUGCAGUACUGCUAGUAGAUUGUUCUGCUCAAAUUUAAUUUUUUAUACAGGUUGUUUUAAUUGUAACCACUGUAUUUGUCAUUGAAAUGUAUAUACUUACAGGACUGUGUUUAAAAUGGUGUGUAUUUUCUUCUCAAAUUAUCAAUUUAGCAUUCUUGCUUGUGGAUUGUGUGUUUUUUUUUUAAGAAUGUAUUUUCC